CGAGGACAGGCGCGAGCCGUCUCCGAACACCUUGCGGUAGGAGGAGGCGGCGCACAGGUAGUGCUCCGAGCCGAAGCUCAUGGUGCCGGGACCAGGGCCGGGAGAGCGGCUGCGGCGGGAGCUGGCGAGCAGCGGAGAGGAAUCCAUCUAUCCUGAAACUGUGAAGUUCUUCAAGACCACUGAUCUGGCAUGGGGCUUAUAACGACCUACCUUCGUGUUCUACACAAGUGUCUCAUUUCCUAAACAGAUGUUCAGCAGCUCUGGGAACUGAGCAUACAAUUAAAAUAAAAUGACCACCUCCUGGAGUGAUCGGUUACAAAAUGCAGCAGAUAUGCCUGCUAACAUGGAUAAACAUGCCCUGAAAAAGUAUCGACGGGAAGCCUACCAUCGGGUGUUUGUGAACCGGAGUUUAGCCAUGGAAAAAAUUAAGUGUUUUGGUUUUGAUAUGGAUUAUACGCUCGCUGUGUACAAGUCCCCGGAGUAUGAGUCCCUUGGCUUUGAGCUUACCGUGGAGAGAUUAGUUUCUAUUGGCUAUCCUCAGGAGCUGCUCAGCUUUGCAUAUGAUUCUACAUUCCCUACCAGGGGACUUGUCUUUGAUACACUAUAUGGAAAUCUUUUGAAAGUUGAUGCCUAUGGAAACCUCUUGGUCUGUGCACAUGGAUUUAACUUCAUAAGGGGUUCUCAGGUAGCUGCUCAGAAGAGACCAGAAACUAGAGAGCAGUAUCCAAAUAAAUUUAUUCAACGAGAUGACACUGAAAGAUUUUACAUUCUGAACACACUAUUCAACCUACCAGAGACCUACCUGUUGGCCUGCCUAGUAGAUUUUUUUACUAAUUGUCCCAGAUAUACCAGCUGUGAAACAGGAUUUAAAGAUGGGGACCUCUUCAUGUCUUACCGGAGUAUGUUCCAGGAUGUAAGAGAUGCAGUUGACUGGGUUCAUUACAAGGGUUCCCUUAAAGAAAAGACAGUUGAAAAUCUUGAAAAGUAUGUAGUCAAAGAUGGAAAACUGCCUUUGCUUCUGAGCCGGAUGAAGGAAGUAGGGAAAGUAUUUCUUGCCACCAACAGUGACUAUAAGUAUACAGAUAAAAUUAUGACUUACCUGUUUGAUUUCCCACAUGGCCCCAAGCCUGGGAGCUCCCACCGACCAUGGCAGUCCUACUUUGACCUGAUCUUGGUGGACGCACGGAAACCACUCUUUUUUGGAGAAGGCACAGUACUGCGUCAGGUGGAUACUAAAACCGGCAAGCUGAAAAUUGGUACCUACACGGGCCCCUUACAGCAUGGCAUUGUCUACUCUGGGGGUUCAUCUGAUACAAUCUGUGAUCUGUUGGGAGCCAAGGGCAAAGACAUUUUAUAUAUUGGAGAUCACAUUUUUGGGGACAUUUUAAAAUCAAAGAAACGGCAAGGGUGGCGAACUUUCUUGGUGAUUCCUGAACUUGCACAGGAGCUGCAUGUCUGGACUGAUAAGAGUUCACUUUUUGAAGAGCUUCAGAGCUUGGAUAUUUUCUUGGCUGAACUCUACAAGCACCUUGACAGCAGCAGCAAUGAGCGCCCAGACAUUAGCUCUAUCCAGAGACGUAUUAAGAAAGUGACUCAUGACAUGGACAUGUGCUAUGGGAUGAUGGGAAGCCUCUUCCGCAGUGGCUCCCGGCAGACCCUCUUUGCCAGUCAGGUGAUGCGCUAUGCUGAUCUCUAUGCAGCAUCUUUCAUCAAUCUGCUGUAUUACCCCUUCAGCUACCUCUUCAGAGCUGCCCAUGUCUUGAUGCCUCAUGAGUCAACAGUGGAACACAUACAUGUAGAUAUCAAUGAGAUGGAAUCCCCCCUUGCAACCCGGAACCGCACAUCAGUGGAUUUUAAAGAUACCGACUAUAAGCGGCACCAGCUCACACGGUCGAUUAGUGAGAUUAAACCCCCCAACCUCUUCCCACUGGCCCCCCAGGAAAUUACACACUGCCAUGAUGAAGAUGAUGAUGAGGAAGAGGAAGAGGAAGAAUGAGGAGGAAAAUCAAAACUCUGAGCACCCAUUAAACAAGUUCUGGCAGGA